GAUGUGACAGUAGUAAAUCAACUGAGGACCAUUCUGAGUAACAUCACUUACCCCGUCAGCAUCAACAACCACAUACAGAUCUCUGAUGUCAGCAUUUCUACAGUUUGUUACCCAAGUGGUACAACAUUCCAAUGCAGAUGUGAAGAACAGUACCGUUGGCCUUGUCAUAUGUGCUCUACUUUUGGCAAAUGUGAUGACAUAUUGGACAACACUUGUGGAUGCAUCAGUGCCAUUCCUCCAGAUGGGGUUUAUUGCCAGUCUGUUGAUCAAUACAACUUUACAGCUUGUCCUGUGACAACACCCUCUCCUUCACCAACAAGUCCACCCAUUGUUUAUGAAUACCUCAUUUCUGUUGAGUUGAACAUCUCAGAUGUGACAGAAGUAAAUCAACUGAGGACCAUUCUGAGCAACAUCACUUACCCCGUCAGCAUCAACAACCAAAUACAGAUCUCUGAUGUCAGCAUUUCUACAGUUUGUUACCCAAGUGGUACAACAUUCCAAUGCAGAUGUGAAGAACAGUACCGUUGGCCUUGUCAUAUGUGCUCUACUUUUGGCAAAUGCGAUGAUAUAUUGGACAACACUUGUGGAUGCAUCAAUGCCAUUCCUCCAGAUGGGGUUUAUUGCCAGUCUGUUGAUCAAUACAACUUUACAGCUUGUCCUGUGACAACACCCUCUCCUUCACCAACAAGUCCACCCAUUGUUUAUGAAUACCUCAUUUCUGUUGAGUUGAACAUCUCAGAUGUGACAGAAGUAAAUCAACUGAGGACCAUUCUGAGCAACAUCACUUACCCCGUCAGCAUCAACAACCAAAUACAGAUCUCUGAUGUCAGCAUUUCUACAGUUUGUUACCCAAGUGGUACAACAUUCCAAUGCAGAUGUGAAGAACAGUACCGUUGGCCUUGUCAUAUGUGCUCUACUUUUGGCAAAUGUGAUGACAUAUUGGACAACACUUGUGGAUGCAUCAAUGCCAUUCCUCCAGAUGGG